AUGGCGUUGCUGAUUUGUCGUGGCAUCUACUGCUGGAACCCGCUCAAGUUGAUCAUCGACGAUGACGGCGAUGCCAAGGAUGUCAGAUCCUGGUCCCAAAUCGAGAGCGUCCUGAGUUUCCUCGACGCCAAAGAUGAGGUGCAGGGCCCUGGUCCGCUGCUUGGUCUCCAGGCAGCACAGGGCCUGCAAACAGCACCUCUGCAGCAACUCCAGCAGCCGCCAACAGCAGCCGCGGCAAACGCGCCACCACAGCUGCAGACCUUGGCGCAGCUCCAAUCAUUGCUGCAAUUCCAGCAAAUUUAUCAAGCAUCGCCGUGGCAACAGCAGCAGAUGGUGAUCCAGAUCGUCUGCCUGACGCAGCGGGCGGAGGAACAUGUCUUCGACAAGAAGAUUGAGCCCUUCUGGCGUGGCAUCCUGGACAGCGUACUGCCUCUCGAGAGGCCUGACUAG